UCGAGCGGUUGUAAUUUGCGGGUUGAGCUGUAUAUUUAUUAUUUUACCUGUAGUAGUUUAUGGUUCAGUGUGAGUAGUUGCAAUCAGGUGCAAUUUAGAUAUUUUCUAAUUUUUGAUUACUAAUUUGACAUCUAUAAAACGUGCUUGGAAUAAUUCUAACAAGUGAAGGGAAAUUAAAUUUGUAGGGCCACAAUGAUUCCGUCUUGCCGAUAUUUGUUACAUCUAUGUAAUGUGUUAAGCAGCGAUGACAAUAACAGUUACCAUUAACCUGUUAAGAAUAAAUAUGUCAGCAUGUCAUCGAUGACAGUAUUUAUUACCCAAGAAGGGCCAGCAAAUGCUUUGGCACUCAAUAAAGACAAUAGCCAAGUAGUCAUAGCUGGUCGUAAUGUAUUUAAAAUAUUUACAUUAUUGGAGGACAGAUUUGAAGAAGUAUGUAACUUAAGGGUAGGGAAGAACUUGAACUUGAAUUUUUCGUGCAAUGAUGUAGCAUGGAAUCUAAUUGAUGAUCACAUAUUAGCCACUGCAGCUACUAAUGGUGCAGUAGUAGUUUGGAACUUGAAUCGGCCGUCGCGUUCAAAACAGGAACAUGUUUUUGUGGAUCAUAAAAGAACUGUCAAUAAAGUCAGUUUUCAUAUAACAGAAUCCAUGUGGCUUAUAUCUGGAUCUCAAGAUGGUACAAUGAAAUGUUUCGAUCUCAGGAUAAAAGAAGCAACUAAAACUUUUUAUAGUAAUACGGAAUCUGUACGAGAUGUGCAAUUUUCACCACAUCAACAACAUACUUUUGCUGCAGUCUCUGAAAACGGUCAUGUUCAACAAUGGGAUUUACGUCGUCCAGACCGUUAUUUUCAACACUUUACUGCCCACAGUGGGCCUAUCUUUGCUUGCGAUUGGCAUCCAGAAGCUACUUGGCUGGCAACUGCAUCAAGAGACAAAACUAUCAAGGUGUGGGAUUUGUCGGGAAAGCCAUCGUGUGAAUAUACUAUUCAUACAAUAGCCUCGGUUGGACGAAUUAAGUGGAGACCUCAAAGAAAAUACCAUAUUGCUAGUUGUGCUCUUGUUGUUGAUUGUAGUAUAAAUGUAUGGGACAUUAGAAGGCCGUACAUACCAUUUGCAAGUUUUAACGAACACAAAGACGUUCCAACUGGAGUCGCUUGGAGGGGUGAUCCUCAAUCUUUUUUAUCUACUAGCAGGGAUUGCACGUUGUAUCACCAUGUAUUUAAAGAUGCAGUUAGACCUGCAAGUAAAGCAAAUCCUCAAGGCAUUGCGUUGAAUACAAAAGGCGAUAUUGCAUAUGCAUGUAAAGUUAAUGUCAAUGCACCGACUACAAUGAAACAGUUAUCCAACAUUAUGAGGAAGGUUCCUGCGAGCAAUGAUACAUUUUGCAUGGCAUCCAGUAUGAUGCACAGAUUCACAAUGAGUAAUCCAUGUGAAUCUCAGUGGUUUAGAGUAUGUGCAGAGGGUUAUCAACUUAGUGGAAGAUUGAAUGAAAUCUGUGAUCAUAAUGCAGUAGUAGCUAGCAAUGCAGGUCGGAAUGAUAUAAGUACGGUGUGGAAUAUUACAAAGACAUUGUAUGCAAAUCCAAUGGGCAGUAUUUUGAAAACACUAUCAGCUAUAUCUAAAGAUGAAGGAGCAAAUGCAUUAAGUUUAGCACAAAUUACUUUAGGAGCAACAAUGGAUCAACCUAAUACAGGUUUGGAAAGUGACGUCAAAUCUUUACAAGGCGAAACACCAGGUAUCAUUAGUGGGGGCGAUGACGAGACUGAAACGGAUGAAACACCAGAUAAUCAAAACUGCAUAGGAUCGGCAUUACCAGGGCGACCUUUCGUUGGCAGUAAACGGCAACCAAAAGGUGACUUUUUCUUUGGUGAAGGAGAGCUGGAACCUAUUACUAUGGAGUAUAAUGGCAGUUACAUGCGUAAUAUUAUAAAUAGUGAAAAUGAUUGGACGUUAUCCAAAGAAGCUUUUCCUUUACGCCACGAAAUACAGGAUAGAUCUCCACCCCCAGAACAAUUUCCUAACCAUUCACCAGACAUUAAUAACGAUGAUUCUGGUUCGGUAAUGCUUGAAGAUCAACCUUGUCAAUUGGUAGUUACAUCUAUCCCAAAACCUUCGUUUUGGGAUCCCACUCAAAUAAUAGAGGAAGCUUUGAAACAUCAUGCAAGUAUACGGGAUAUACAGACAUCGGUUUCCAUUUUAAUUGCCCUCGGAGAAAGGAGGAAUAAUUUAAAUAUUGAAAUGGCAAUACAAGAACAUUGGUUAUUAGAGUACUUAGACAUGCUGGGAAGGUUUAAGUUAUGGGAAGUUGCUAGUCAGAUUAUUCAGUUAGCGUGGAUUCCUUCCAUAUCACAGUUAAAUCAACAGUCUACAACAGUUCACGCUUCUUGCACUUGUUGCACGAAACCUUUGCAGAGAUCUGCUUGGCUGUGCGAUCGAUGUCAUACAUCUAGACAUGCUCUUUGUUCAGUUUGUCACCAGGUCGUUCACGGAGUAUAUGUAUGGUGCCAGGGUUGUAUGCAUGGAGGACAUGUCAUGCAUAUGAGUGAGUGGUUUCAUAUCAAUCGACAAUGUCCAACAGGCUGUGGACAUGCUUGCGAGUACACAUAAGAAACCCUUCUUGUUGAUAGUAAAUACAGUACAGUGUAUCAUAUAUUUCAUGAUCUUCAUGUAAGAUCUUUGGACAAGCUUUAACAAUUUGCAACGUUUAGAUAAUGAUAAUAUAGAAAUAAUUUUUAUGAUUGUGUAAAUUUGUUUAAUUACCUGCUUUGACUAGUCAAUUUUUUGUUU